AUGCAGCUUAUUACUUUACAAGAGUUUGAGCAGGCAGCGCAACCAUACCUUCCUCUGGCCAUGUGCGUAGACCACUGGGGGGCGCGUCUAUUUAUCCGAAAGUUCUGGCUGAAGGGUGACGAUGACUCCACGGAUCAGCAGAACCCGGCAUCAUCAUCAGCAACAACAACGACAUCAUCAUCAUCACCAGAAGUAGAAGCAGCAGUAGCUUCACCAUCGCCAUCACUAUCAUCAUCGUCGUCAUCGUCAGUAGAGGCAGCAGCAGCACCAUCAUCUUCGUCAUCAGUAACAGCAGCAGCAGCAGCACAAGUCGUCACAGGGAAUGCUAGUAUCACGGUUGGGCAACAAGCUGAGCGUCGUCGUCAACCCUUGCUUCCGUUGCCGGAUGUUGCUCAUACGGAUGAUGAGGAAGAACAGCAGCAACCGAGACCAACAGCAAAGGGACAAAGAAGAACAGCUUCAGACGCAAGAACUCGUGCUACUGCCUUCAGUUCGUGUCGUGGUGCUGUUGCGCCUGAGAACGAGCAUGCUUUUGAUGAACUUUCCUGUGCAGAAAAGGACACGGAAAGCUGCACAGAAAAGAACGCAGAGGGCUGCAAGGUAAGAGAAGGCGAUGGCGACGGCGACGGUGACAAGGGCGACGGUGACAAGCGGAACGAUGACAAGCGGGACGAUGAUGCCGGCGAUGACGGAAGAGUCCCAGGAUCCCUUUCGCAGAUGCUGCAUUCUUCAAGAUGUCCACUGUCAGCAAGACAGUUCAACGAUGGAGAACCAUCGAGAGAGAACAUUUUACAUGUGCAAACGCAAGCGUCUGUUCAGCGUCUUCGAUCCUUUGCUUAUUGUCAUCUUGGUCUUGCUGCUCAGCCAAUAAAUUGUGCUCAUCUCCUGGCGCACGUUGACUAUUUGUACGCAAGAGUUUCUGCCAUUCCUAUGAGCAAGGUCGAAAGCAUGGAUUGCUUCGGUGGACAAGUACCGAAAUCGCUCGCCGUCCGUGCAUAG